GAUAUACCGACUAUCAUCAAACCGAUAUACUUAGUGGCGUCCCUAUGCGGCUUAUUCCCUAUCAGUAUCAGAUACCGUAAGGCGAAGAAUUACUAUGAAUCUCUGGAGAGAUCAGUCUACAUGAACUCCGUGUGUGGAAUAUCCCAUAUUCUGUUAAUGCUGUCAUUCUUAAUUUUACAUAUACAAGAGAUCAUUGAAUCUAGCGAGGCGGCAUCUAUGACGGAAGGACUGCUGACUCAACUUAACUACAUGCUAGAACUGAACACACUAAUACUAUUCUGCUUAGUGGCUUACUACUGCACUUUUACUAACAGAGAAGAAUUCGUGUCGAUGCUGAACACAGUCAUUUCGACUUGGCUGGCUCUACCCACUACUGACACCAGCCAAAAGAUUCUACGACGACUGAAAUCCCAAAUCAACGUUGUAAUGUAUAUCCUGGCUUUAGUUUUUGUGCUCCAAAUCAGCGUGAACUUCACGCGGAGCGACAGCGUAUGGAAAAUUAUACUGGUGACGAUAACUUUUGAUCUGCCUCAGAUGAUCCAAUUCGUAUACCUAGCGUUCUACUUCGCUUACGUGAUGCUGGUUAUCGCUCUCCUCUCGAAUAUAAACGCGCAAUGCCGUCUGCUAGCAAGCGAAAAUAGCAUUCUGUUCGUGCACCCAAAAACCUGCAGUAUGGUGCGGAAGAUGGAGCUAGUGUACAUCAAAGCUAUCAAGAUCAAGAGUAAAAUUAACAGAGCGUUCCAGGGACCGAUUUUAGCGACUACCCUCCAAUGUUUUCAUAGUAUAGUGAGUGAAGCCCACAUUAUAUACCACGGUGUAGUCUCCAGGUCUACCACAACACACGACCUCGUCAACUGCUCCGUGUGGAUCAUGUAUCAGAUAUUAAAAAUCUACUCGCUGUCGUAUUCUGGUAAUUUGUUGAAGAUGGAGGCCCUGAAAAUUGGACAAACGUUACACAGCAUACCCACGGAGAAACAAGACACACGGUGCCUCGCAGAGAUCCAGCAUUUCGCGACUCUGAUGAAUUUCCAAGGAAGUGAAAUAACACUUUACGGGUACUUCCCCGUGGAUGCGACCUUGAUGUUUAAUAUGCUAGCUUCGGCAAUGAUGUAUAUGAUCAUAUUAGUUCAAUUCGAUAAAAGUGAUUAA